ACCAAAAAUGUUUUGAAAACAACAACAAAAUCGCGGCAUUCCAGAAUCAGAACGACGCCAAGUUGAAAAAGUUAUUUUCUUUACCUAAAUCAAACUGGUAUUAAAUAGCCAUACCUGCCGCGAUGAGCCGCCAGCAAAGACGAAGCUGCUGUUAUCGCAACUGUGCCGUCACCAACUCGGAGCAUCCCGAACGAACGCUGUUUCAGUUCCCGAAGGACGAGGCGAGAGCGAAACGCUGGACUGAACUGGGCGCCGUCGAUACGAGUCUGUCGGGACCGCGUUUUAUGUGCGAUUUGCACUUUUCGCAGAUUUAUAUGUGCUUUAGUGCGCGCCGCAAGAUGCUACUGAAUACGGCCAUCCCGUACGAGUACGGAACGGAACCGUCGGAUGAUCAACAGCAGGGGGAGGAGCAGCAGCAGCAUGAUGUUAUUCUGGGCGAAGCGGAAAUUGUAGGGAGUACAUCGUCUUCGCAGGGAGAGACGGAGGAGCAUCUGGAAGGGACAGAGUAUGAGAUGCUAGACACUGAUGAGAAUCAAAUGACGGAGAUUAUCUACAUGGACGAUUUGCAGCAGCUCAAUCAGGAGGAUGCUGCUCCGCCGAGAAGUCCCGCAAAAGCCAGAAUAAUCAAAGUGGAGAAGCUUCCAACGCUGGUGACUUCCUCCUCCGGUAUGGCAGCGAUUCCAACGCUCGGCAUCCCUCAAAAGAACAUCAUUCUGCGCAAGGUGAAGAUUAAGAAGCGCCCCAGUUCGGCCGUCACCAGUCCGGUUCUGGCGAAGAAGUCAAAGCCUGACGUUGAACCACCCGUCGAAACAACGGUCACCUCGUCGCCGGAGAAGAAGAUCUCAUCGCCGAAAACUACCAAAAAGGUACAAACAGUUAAGGCCAGCAGCAGCAACAGUGUCGCGACCGCAGAAACGUCGAAGCCACCGCAGCCUGCCCCGGCCAAACCGGCGAAAGCUCCCAGCAUUCCGGACAAACCGCUCCGGGUGACGAUCAUGGAGAGGCGCAAGGAGUCGAUGAACGAGUUUAUCUUCAAGGGCGAAGAGUACAUUCAGCUGCCGAAGGAAGGUUUUCUGCAGGAUUUGGACGAGGCGGACCAGCAGAUGCAGCAGUGCAAGGCCAAACACAGCGCCGAAAUGGACGAGCUUGAGCGGGAGCUGGAGGCUUGCAUGGCAGAGAACGAGCAGUGCCGGACGGAGAACGAGAGCCUGACUAGAAAGCUUGAAGAGUAUCGCAUGAUCAUCAAGAACAUGAAGGACGUGCUCGGGAUGUUUGAAGCCCAGGAGGAUUGAAUAAAUCGUUCUAAUUUUAAUGUUAACAGA